AGGAGGACAUAGGCAUACAUGUUUACUACUGCGCUUUAUGGUAUAACAGAGCGCCAACAGUCGGUCAAUAUCACAGCAUUAAAAUCGAAAUCUGGAAUAGGCUGGAUAUAAUAGGAUCCCCAUUCAAAAUGAAGUUCCUCUGUGUUCUCUGGAUUUGGAUGUUUCUGUCAGAAUUUAAUUCAACUACUGGUGAAAUUUCUAGACAAGGAUACAGUGAAGGAAACAUCACAAUUACAUGUUCCCACGGCUGGGCUUCAACCAACAAAAAGUAUUUCUGCAGAGAUCCAUGUGGGCCUGGAGAUAUAUUUGUGAAGUCUGAGCAGACACCUAAAGGGAGAUACACACUGAAGGAUUAUGGAGAUGGAAACUUUGCCGUUAACAUCACUGAUCUACGGGAGUCAGACUCUGGGAUUUACUGGUGUGGAGUGGAGAGAGUUGGUCCAGAUACAUUUAAGAAAGUCAAACUGAUAGUAUCUAAAGCCAACACUGGAAACGGGGAAGAAGUGACUCAUCACAGGAUGAUGGAAACACAAACAAGCACUGCAAUGCACUUGACUAAACCAAGACACUCUGUUUUCAUAGCUUCAACCACUAAGAAGAGCACACUCUCACUGACAUCAACAGGUGCUGAACACAACAAAUCAUCCUCAAUUGCCCAUAUAUUCCCAGUGCCUUUAUAUUAUAUUCCUUAUGCUGCUGCUGGUCUGGCCAUCAUGGUCAUCAUGUGUGCAGUUGGACUGGUCACUGUUUGUCAAUGCAGAAAGAGAGUCAAGAAGUCAAGAUGUGUUAUUGAUAGAUCUAUAUACAAUUCCCAUCACAGCGAGGAGAACACUCCUGAUGACAGACCAUACGCCACCAUAAAGAAGUCCAGUACCAAGUCUAAUGAUGAGAGCCAAUCAGACCCAAUCUACCAGAACCUACAGUUCAACACUACCCAGGGAGAAGCUAUAUAUGGCAAUCUAUAAAACAUAUGCAAUCCAAUAUCCUCAAUCCCAAACACGUUCUACAUUACAAGCGUGGCACAAGUUUGUCCGGACAAUUUGUCUGGACAUCAACACCAUUUCUGAAAAGUAUACGGCAAAAAUACCUAAGCAAAAAGCCUAUGUACAGUACAAGGUUCAAAAACAUGUCACUUGGCAAUAUGAUCACGCUAUUAUUUGUGUAAAUAAAUAUCCCUUUUGCAUGUAAAGUUUGCAUGUGAAACAACAAUGAAAGGUUGCAAUGCUACUAGGUUGUUUCAUUUUAAAUGGACAAAUGUGUAGAGUUAUUAAAUUAUUUAGCCAAUACAGCUUACUGUUCCUUUAAUGAAUCCCUAGACUAGCCUGAGGUUAAGAGUAAAAUAACACAGUUCCUAAUAUGUGAAACUAAAAAAGGGGUUGGAAAACAGUAUUUGUCAAUCACAUUUACCUGUUCAGAUAGUUUUAAGUUCUGUACUCAAUUCAGCCACCGUUUUGACCAGCUGACACCUGAGACGCUGAUGUGUCUUUAAAAUGUCUCUAUAGGGAUCUGUUGAGUUUUCUCUAAAAAAAAAAAACUGGUUGAAGCAGUUCCUGAGUUUAAAACAAGACUCAGAAUUAGUCAAGAACUGUUAAUGUGUAUACCAUCACUGCCAUAUUAGGGUCCAAGUUGCACAUUCCUGACAGGUAUCCAGAGAUGGGGUGUAGCACAUUGUUACUUUCAAUGAAAUGCAGACACACCCUUAUUAUCUAAAAAGUGAUACAACUGUUUUUUUUGCAGCACCUACCCAAAAUGAUUUAUCCUUGAGUAGAUUUUAAGUAUUCUUAGUUAGUUAACUGCAAUGUAUUCUAAACACAGACUCUCUUCACCAUCAUGGCAGCAAUAACGUCUGGUUACCUAAACCAGCAGGUUGUGUUAUUCCCAACAUAUCACCAAUCAAUAUUUAUUUUAUUUUAUCAAUAUGCAAAAAAUAAGCUAAUUGAUUACUGCAAACCAUUUGUCUGAACCUAAGAAUAUCAUACAUCAUACACAACUGUAUCAAAUGCGCCAAAACUUUGGCCUCUAAUUCAGUAACGUUCUUGCUUGGAAAAAAAUACUGAGCGUAAAUGUCUGAAACCAAACAUGGCCAAACCUUGAAAUAAAAAUUUAAUUUCCUUUAUUGAUGGAAAGGGAUGAUAUACUGACCACUAUUUUCUCAUUUAAAAAAUAAACCACAAACUCACCUUGCGCUCCAAAUGCAAUAUAUUUUACUGUCCAGUCAGCUGAGACAAUGGCAGAAUUUGUUCCACUUAAGAUUCCUUCAAUGAUAAAACAGUAUAUUUCAAUCACACUGGAGAUGUAUAGGCUAAGAAAUCACAUAAGAGUAAAGAAAAUUAAAAACAUGGUUACUAAUUAUCAGCAACUUACAAAAUUUCAAGAAAACAAUAACAGUAACAAGCCACUUAAAAGAAUGGAAUAUGAUUGAAGUAGCACUCACCAUCAACAUAAAUGAUGUAGAAUCGUCUACUGGCGAUGAAUUCCACACUGUAAAAAAUUGCUGUAAAAUUUAUAGUAACUUACUGGCAAUUUUGGUUGCCAGUAAGACUGUAAAUUUACAAGAGUACUGUAAAUCAAUAAUUACAAUUGUACUGUAAAAAUACAGCAAACUCUUGCAUGCUGUAAAAUUGUUGUGAUGGUGUAAACAUUUGGUAAACUUAUUUCAUUUGAUUCUACUAAGGAACAUUUCUUAACAUAAAACUGCAAACACUUAAUUUAUAAUAGUAAAAUUACUAAAAACAAGACUUUAACUCAAAUCGUUGCAGUUUAUCAUCAACUAUAGCACACAUGCAUGUGACAAAGCAUUUAACAAAGAAAUCAUCACUGUAUCAGCAACUCUACAGUUACUGUCUUUAAAUAAAGCAGCAGAACAUCAGUGUUUGUGGCUCAUCAUUGACUGAAGCACAGGCUCUACUCUCCACCACAAUGGUGACCCACAAAACUAAAUUAAACUAAUAGAGCUCUCUUGUGCAAAAUAAUACAGUUCAGUUAAAUAUUUACUCUCCUUAUAGAUAACACCUGCUGUUAACAAGCAGAAUCACUGAAUGAAAGAGAAACAAGAACUACAAGAACUACAACUGACUUUAGUCAGCCACAGCCUUAGAUGAACUCAACUGAAAUACAAGACAUCAUUAAAUCUCUCAAGAUCUGAUUAAACAACUCCACCAACGGCAUUACCAGCUUCACACAUUACAAUUAGACUUUAUUUCUGUCAUAUGUCUAUAAAAAUUAUUUGAGAAUUAACAGAAGUUUAAUUGUUUUAUUGAAAACGUUUAGUGUGACCUCACCAUUGUGGCGGUCAGGGUUUCUUUAGUUGGGCUCUUGACCAUCAAAUUUUAAUCUUAGUUUUUUUCUGGCUGCUGUAACUGUGUUUGUUGUGGGAUUACAAAUUUAUUUAAAUGUUUAAUUUAGAUUCCAAUGUAAUAGUGUACAAACUGAAGAAGUUAUAUACAUUGUAUUUAGCAUUUAUGGUGAAGAUGAUGACAUCAGAUGAACGAUUCAAGAGGUCCCUGCCAGUUCCUGUUCUCUUAUUGUAAGUCUAAUGAGCCAGACGACGGAGACUCUUGCCUUUUGUUUGUAAUUGCUCUUGAUGCCCCUGCCCCAAUCUUUGGGCAGUUAGGCUGAUUGGAUUAGGAGUGGUUAAAUGGGGCAGGAUUCUAUACCUGAAUACCUCAUUUGCAUGCUUAAAGGUCGUCACCCAGGUGCUUUGUUUUCACUCCUAAGCACUGCCCCCUAAAUGUAUGUAAAACUACAAUGUAUCACUGCUUUUAGUUAGAUUUUCGAUGACUACAGCUACCGACAGCUUGUGUUCUCAAUAAAAGAAUCCUGCUGAAGAUACAACCCGAAGUCUCCUGGUCUUCACUUCUGAGUUGCCUAAACUUUAGAAGACAUAGGUUGCAUGCUUAAAGGUCGUCACCCAGGUGCUUUGUUUUCACUCCUAAGCACUGCCCCCUAAAUGUAUGUAAAACUACAAUGUAUCACUGCUUUUAGUUAGACUUGGAUGACUACAGCGACGCGCAGCGAGUUCUCAAUAAAGAGUAACUUCUGUAUGAAAGAUAUCCCAACGUCUCCUGGUCUCUGCUUCGUAGAAGAUAAAAGUUCACAACAGAUGGUGCCGUGACCCGGAUAGAGUUCCAGCUUCCUCACCUGAAUCCAGUUUGAAAACUUCAAGCUCAAACAAAGAUCUGCUUCCAGACUGCAUCUUUUGGAAUCCAGCGAAAACUUCAAGCUGAACAAAGAUUUCCAGACUGAAUUUUUCUCUCAACCAAGGUUGUGGUGAGUGCUGUCUCUAAUCCAAAAGAACCUUUAAGACCAGUACAAAUUUGUUUAUCCUCUGCGCCGUCAGAGAAGAGUUAACAGACAGCUGUAGGGUUUGGUUAACUAAGUUUUCCUCUAAAAAAUGUACUUUUAGAGAUGAAGUUACCCUCUGUCCAGGCAGGGAAGUUUAGCAUCAAGUGCUAAUAUUGUUUUAUCCUCUGUUCUGUGUAG